AUGGCUUACAAAGCAACAUCAAUGCCUUGUGUCUUAAGAUGCCUGUGCUUCGUGUUUCUUCAUUGGCUUAAUGCAGCACAAGAUGAAGACCUAAGGAGUUGUAGGACCGCACCAGGUGAUUUGGUAUUUAUUGUGGAUGGUUCUUGGAGUGUUGAAGAUGUAAACUUUGAAAUAGUAAAACGCUGGCUUGUCAACAUAACCAAAAACUUUAAAAUUGGACAGAAAUUUACCCAAGUUGGUGUUGUCCAGUACACCGACGAUCCCAUUUUAGAAAUACCUCUGGGGAGGUAUUCCACAAAUAAAGAUCUCAUUAGAGCCAUGGAAUCCAUUGAGUACAUGGGAGGAAACACAAGGACUGGCACAGCCAUUGAGUUUGCCACAGGCAAACUGUUUGGCCUCUCUGAGCGUGGCCCGAUGGGCGUGUCCCGAAUUGCAGUUGUGCUCACCGAUGGGAAGUCUCAAGAUGAGGUUUCAAAGGCAGCAGAAGCCGCAAGAAAAAAAGGAGUCAUUUUGUUUGCGAUUGGUGUGGGAUCAGAGACAGAGGAGGGACAGUUGAGAGCCAUCGCAAAUCAGCCGUUUUCAACUUACGUUUUCUCUGUUGAGGACUACAGAGGUAUUUCUAGGAUCGUACAAGUCAUACGGCAGAAACUGUGUGAAGAGACUGUUUGUCCUGCGAGAAUACCUAUCGAUUCCCGAAAUGAGAAAGGAUUUGAUAUCCUAUUCCAUUUAAAUUUGGCCAAAAAAGCCAAAAAGACAAAAGGAACAUAUCAUGGCACAAAGGCCUAUGAGGUGUCAUCGCGUAUUGACUUGAGUGAAGCUACAAGGACACUUUUCCCUGAUGGCCUCCCGCCAUCAUAUGUAUUCGUUGCCACUCUGAGAUACAAGGGAUCGGUGGCAUUGGAGGAGUGGGACCUGUGGAGGAUCCAGACGCGUGACGGGAGACCUCAGAUGGCAGUGAGCCUAAACGGACUUGAUGGUACCGUCCAGUUCACCACAACCAGUCACUCACUAAGUGGAACGCAAACUGCCACAUUUUCACGGCACACCGCGAUGAAACUGUUUGAUGAGAAAUGGCACCAACUGCGACUUCUGGUCACGGAGGAGGACGUCACUCUUUAUGUUGACGACCUGGAAAUGGAAACACUGACUUUGGAGCCUCCUGUUGGCAUUUUCAUCAAUGGAAAAACUCAAGUUGGAAAAUAUGUCAGUAAAGAAACAACAGCACCAUUUGAAAUUCAGAAGCUCCGUAUCUACUGUGACCCUGAGCAGAACAACCGCGAGACUGCAUGUGAAAUACCAGGAGUGUGUUCCAACAGUCCAGAUUAUGCUGAGCCAACUCAAGAACCUUGUGUUUGUCCUCUGGGGCCUCCAGGACUUCCAGGCAUGAAGGGUGAACCAGGAAACGUUGGCAAAUCAGGUCAACCUGGACGUGCUGGUGCUGAUGGUAAGCCUGGGGUGCCUGGCAUUAGAGGAGGCCCAGGGUUUUCUGGUGUACCAGGAAUAAAGGGUCAACGUGGAGCCGAUGGGGUGAAAGGGGAACAGGGGAGGCCCGGUGUUUCGGGUGAGAGAGGUGUGCCGGGAUUAACAGGACCACCUGGACAACCCGGAGAGAAGGGACCAGUUGGAUCACCCGGACGACCAGGGAUGGCAGGUGAAGCCGGACAAACGGGAGAAAAAGGAAGUAUCGGACCUCCCGGGCCACCAGGUUAUCAAGGAGCACCUGGUGAAACUGGAAGAGAUGGAAAUGAUGGAAUUCCUGGGUCACCUGGUCAAAAGGGCGAAGGUGGGGCCAGUGGCAUCCCUGGUGCUGAUGGAAGCCCAGGCCAUACAGGUAUGCCCGGUUUACCUGGGAUAGCAGGUCUCAAUGGGCAAAAAGGAGAGCCUGGUCUUCCCGGAUCAAGGGGCCCGCAAGGAUUAGAUGGAUCACCUGGGGAGAUUGGUCCAACUGGUUCACCUGGUUUAAAUGGAAUAAUCGGCCCAAAGGGCAGUAAGGGUGAAAAUGGAAGUCCAGGUAAACAAGGGAUACCAGGUUCUAUGGGCAGACCGGGUCAUUCGGGACUAGCAGGUCAGCCAGGACACCCAGCGGUGCCCGGCCUAAAGGGAAGCAAGGGAGAGAGGGGCCAUGCAGGUGAAAAAGGAUAUAUGGGAAUGAAAGGUGAAAAGGGAGCAGAUGGAAAAUCAGGAAAUCACGGAUCGCCAGGUCUGAGGGGACUAAAAGGAGAGCAAGGGACAACAGGAGAUCUGGGUCAGAGAGGCCAAGAAGGUCAAACGGGCCGACCUGGACAGCCAGGUCAAGCAGGCCCAACGGGACCCCGAGGCCCUCAGGGGGGCACAGGUCCUGCCGGACAACCUGGCCCGGCAGGAAGAUCUGCGGGUGAAAUUUCAGAUAUGCACAUUCGACAAGUUUGCAGAGAAAUUCUUCAGUCUGAACUGCCGUCAAUGUUGCUGAGCCACCAGUCAAGCAGCUGUGCCAGUUGCCACAGCCUUCCUGGAACACCUGGCGUCCCAGGGCUGACAGGGCCCCAGGGCCUCAGGGGACUUCCUGGAUCGUCCGGUGACAGGGGACAGCCAGGCUACCGCGGUCGUCCAGGGCUGCCCGGCAUUAAUGGGAUAAAAGGUGAACUUGGGGUUAAGGGUGAAAAGGGAAGCCCAGGGCGCACCAUUCAUGGGGACCAAGGACCACCUGGGCCUCCAGGUCCUUUAGGUCCUCAGGGUUAUGGCAAACCGGGUACUUCAGGUCAACCUGGACCACCUGGACUAAAUGGAGCAGAGGGUAAACGCGGUAAUCCUGGCACACCUGGCCAGCCGGGGGGGUGUGACCCAUCCUUAUGCUACGGUAGCUCGAUGAGGCGGUCCUACUUCAGCAAAGGACCAAACUAUUGACAAAGUCGACCAGUGCUAAGCUGGGGUGAAGCAAACAGCAAUUCUCAGGAAUAUCUCAUCCUUACAGUCGUCCUCUGACGCAGUAACUAAUGGACCUUAUCUAAAUAUCUACAGUGGAUAUAAAAAGUCUACAAACAACUGUUAAAAUGCCAGUUUUGUGAUGUAAAAAAAUGAGAUGAUGAAUAGUUUUCAAAACUAUCAGUCAGGAGAAGGGUACAAAAGAAUUGUCAAGGCACUUCAUAUACCAUGGAACACAAUGAAGGCAGUCAUUGUCAAUUGGAGAAAAUAUGGCAUAACAAUGACAUUACCAGAGCGUUUGAUGUCCCUCCAAAAUAAAAAAAACAACAACAACAAAAAAACAGUCCAUCAGACUGUGAAGAUAACUUUUGGAACAUCAGCUCCAGCUGCAGGAUCAUGAAUUUCCAGCAAGCACAGGCUUUGUCCUCCAUGUCACACGUGUGACAAAAAUCACCCAUAUUCAUCAUUCCAAUGACAGAAGUCUACUCUCAUGAAGAAAAACAUCCAAGCCCACCAAAACUUUGCAAAAAUGUGCAUGGAGUCUCUAAAAAAAUACACCGGAAAAUGUUUUAUUGCCUGACAAACCCAAGGUUGACCUUUUUGACCAUACUAUAAUUCCAUGUUGUUUGGCUCAAAAACAAACGCUGCACAUCACCAAAAAAAAACACAAAAAAAACAGCAAACCUCGCAGUGAAGCUUGGUCGUGGCAAUAGCAUGCUUUUGGACUGUUUUUCUUCAGCUGGAACUGAGAUAUUUGCCACUGUGGGGGGAAUUAUGAACAGUUCAAAAUAGUAGAGAAGGCCUCCAGGGUUCUGCUAGAAGUUGAAGAGAAAUUUAACCUUUCAGAAUGAUAAAAACUGAAAGCAUGGCAGAUAAUAGUAAAAACAAAUAUUUUACUGGAAGCCAGCACGGUGUUUGACUGGUUAGCACAUCUGCCUCACAGUUCUGGGGACCGGGGUUCAAAUCCCGGCCCUGCCUGUGUGGAGUUUGCAUUUUCUCCCCGUGCCUGGGUGGGUUUUCUCUGGGCACUCCGGUUUCUUCCCGCAUCCCAAAAUCAUGCGUGGUAGGUCGAUUGAAGACUCUAAAUUGACCGUAGGUGUGAAUGUGAGUGCGACUGGUUGUUUGUUUCUAUAUGCCCUGCGAUUGGCCGGCAACCGUUUCAGGGUGUACCCCGCCUCCCGCCCGAAGAUAGCUGGGAUAGGCUCCAGCAGCCCGCGACCCUAGUGAGGAUAAACGGUAAA